AGAUUUUUUUUUAUCUGUAAAAAAAGUUGGUUUGUCACUGUUGUCGGUCUGACAUUGACUUUUGUUGCUGUUGUGCGUUGUGCUGUCUCUUGUACUUUCGAAUCUUGGAAAUAACCUGAGACAAGCUCUAGGUUGUUUCUUGGAGUGUAUUCUCUUACAAGUAGUUGGAGCAAAUUAUUGCAGACUAUCCAAAUAUCACGACGCAUUACUGGUUGUGGAAGAGCUUUUAAUCUAGUACAUACUUUAGUUGGGACUCUAAACAUGCUCGGUUAUUCAAAUGCCGGAAUACCAGACAAGUCGUGGCAACCCCCUGUCGCAGUGCUGGAAACAUCGAUGGGUGCUGUUGUUGUAGAAAUGUACUGGAAGCAUACUCCAUUAACCUGCCGAAACUUCAUGGAGCUGGUUAGGCGAGGUUAUUACAACAACACAAAGUUCCAUCGCGUGAUACGGGACUUCAUGAUCCAGGGUGGUGAUCCCACAGGCACUGGAAAAGGAGGCCAGUCUAUCUACGGCCCCCAGUUUGAUGAUGAAAUAACCACAGACUUAAAACACACCGGUGCUGGUAUAUUGUCUAUGGCUAAUGCAGGCCCUGAUACUAACGGCUCCCAGUUCUUCAUCACUUUAGCACCAACACAAUGGUUAGAUAAUAAGCAUACUAUAUUUGGUAGAGUUCAAAGUGGUAUGUCAGUAGUAAAACGAAUAGGUCUCGUUGAAUGUGACAAGAAUGAUUGUCCAGUAGAUGAUGUGCGGAUUGAGAGAGCAUAUAUACCUAAGUAAUUAUAAACAGAAGAAUUUUCAAUGUGUAAAGGUUUUGCGCUGAGGAGUGUUCAAUUAAGUGUUCAUAUUUUUUUCACCAUUUUUCUAUAAUUGUAUAAGAUUUACUAUCUAUGUGUCUUCCCCAUGUGCACAAAACUAAGAAUGAUACAGAUCAGAGGCGGAUUGUAAAAGAGAGGUAAAGUCUAAGCAAAAAUGUGCCUAUUAGUGUGGCAUCCAAAACAGAUGGUUGGUUAGAAUGUUAUUGGUCACUGAAUGGUCAAACAUCAACUUUUGACAAUCAGUGGUUACCGCAAAAUGUAAGUAAGUAAAGAGCUCUACAAUGCCACCUCGUUUAUCUGUCAAAUUCAAAGCACGAAAAUUUCUUGGAUAUUACACACAUACUCCUAAUAGAAAUUUCUUAUUGCUGACUUAAUUUGAAAUAAAUAUUGAAUAGUUUAUUUCAUGUUCCCUCUGACAUCAUUGAAAUGUGCCUAUUUUCACAAGCCAACAUAUAUUUUGAUAGUGGCACUGGGUCUGUAACUAUAGUAUUGUUCCAUUUCCUUGCAUGUGAAGCUGGGGACUGAUUCACGGAAUAAGAUAAGAUACUAGUAGAUCCUUUUAUUAUUUUUAUUAUGAGUAGUAAGGACUAGUAUGAGUUUUCAACAUUUUCAACUAAUAAAGAAUUAGGGGACCGAAUCUAAUAUAUCAAUAGUAUAAUAGUUCAUUACGAUACAAGUGCGAAAAGUAAGAAAUUCACAAUGACUAGCGAUGAAAUAAAAUGGAGAUUUACGACAUAGAACACGUAAAGUGCUAAUUACUGCACUAAUGCGAUAAAGCAGCACCACAUGUACUGUAAAGAAGAAUUGUUGGCAUAUUUUAAUCUGAUUAUCUUAACAACUUAAACUAUUUUUUGGCCGAAAAAAAAUAACAUAGUAAUAACACUAGACCCUACUCAUAGUGUUGUGUUCCUUCUGGUGAGUAAGGUUGCCAGAGCUCAACUAGGGGGGGCGGGUUUAGGGUCGGCAACGCGCAUGUAACUCCUCUGGAGUUGCAGGCGUACAUAGGCUAUGGAGACUGCUUACCAUCAGGCGGGCCGUAUGCUUGUUUGCCAUCGACGUAGUAUAAAAAAAAAAACAUAGUAUUUGCCAAACACCUCUCUCCCGACGUGAGAUUCAGCCUGACCCCGCUCCCUCCUGAAACCCUCACGGAAUUAAAUGGACGUCCUCUUAUGUAUCCUGUGUAAAAAAAUGUGAUGAGUGCCUAAACAGUGAACAAAUCAAAUAAAAUUCGGUUUUACAAUUUA